UCGCGGCAGCGUUACACUGGGACUCUUAGUAAUGCGCAGAGCAAGAGGAGCUCAUAAUCCGAGUGAUUGGAGCAUGAGCUGCUGUUGUCCUGCGUCGCUGAUUUCUUUUCAAUAUUUUCAAUAUUUCCAGAUUGAUGUAUCUGUAAUACCAUUGAUGUCAGAGAGAGAGCUAGCCAAGUACAUUCCCUGUUAUGGGGACAGAGUGGCAGUAGUGGCCUUUUGUCGAAAAACGCAAGAUUCCAUUUCAAAUACAGACAGAAAAAGUAACUUGUUUGAGAGGUUAAGGAAACGAGUAUGCACCACAAGUACCAAAGAAGAACAUCAACAACAUAUUUCAAAACGAUAUGUUGGAAACUCAAAUGCCAAGAAGAAAUCUAAGCGUGUGGAACUGGGCUGGAUGAACUUCAGUGCAAGAGAAAAUGACUUCAAACAAGUUCGGUCUGCUAAAGGUGGAGGAACCAGGCAUGUUUCUAUGGAUGUGAAGUCAACAGUUAGAGAUGUACAGAAACUAGCAGAGGGGCUCUUUUUUCCAAAUGGUAAAUCCAAACAUAACUGAAAAGUCUUGACAGCAGCAUUCGAGAUUUCUCCCACAGAAUGGUUGAAUCAGAAUUUACCAUUGAAGAUUUGUAUGAAGAAACAAAGGUAAAAAUUCUCAGACUUUAUCUUUUUACCAAAACCAACAAUAGAGAAAGUACUGCAGAGAAUUCUGACACAAACCCUGAACCAGAUGUCAUGUUCACCGAGGGCGCCCAAGAUGAUGGUCAAUCAUCUAGCAGCUCUGGCAUCAAAGAAUGUGAAACAGUUGACCUCACAACUUUAGAAGAGUCAGAGGAGACUAGUUUUAUGUUACACAGUCCACUUUAUAUCAUGGACCAGCAAAUAUCAGUCAUGCAGACUGAGACGGUGUUCGAUUACAUGGAGACAGAAAACAGUGAUGAUAUAAUGCAAGAGCAAAUGGCAGCACUGAUUCAGGAAACUUCUGAAAAUGUGAACACAGUGCAAGAAGUAUGGAGUCAAGAGGCUUUCAACACCAAUACCCCAGCACAGAACGUAAGGAUUGCAACUGAUGUGGAAGAGUCGCCAUUUGAGGACUCAUUUGACAAUGUGGUCACAAUUGGAGAAGGUUUAAGUGAUGUUGGGACUUUGGAGGAUACAAUUCCACUUGAGGAUCCUCCAAAAACAAUUAUUUUGGUGCGAAGAGGACAAGCUCUUUGUGAUUUGAUGCAAGCUUUCAGUGACCCAGCAUUAAUGGACAAAGAGAUCAGUAUUCGAAUGAAACUCCCUAAUGGACAGAUUGAAGAAGGUGUUGGUCCAGGUGUUUUUCGUGACUGCUUGUCUGAAUUCUGGGAUGAAUUCUAUUCUAGGUGUGCUUUAGGCACCGAUGUCAAGGUCCCAUUUCUAAGACACGAAUUUCAGAGUAAUGAAUGGCAAGCUGUUGGGAGAAUAUUGCAACCUGGUCUCAUGGGUAAGACGACCUCUGCACACUUUUUGCAGCGCCACUAAAUACGUUCUAGCAGGUACAUAUUUCUACAGUUUUACGACACGAAAGUCCACUGGGGGCGCUAAAGAGAAGACCUCUGUGUGACACAUCGAUGACGGUCGACUCCACAUACAACACGAUUGAGCGUCAGAGAGAUGCCGGGAAACACACAGAAAUUGUGCCCCGGGUGCAACACCCUGAUAAGUGUUGCAUUCAAGACAUGCCCACUCUGCAAACAACUCCAGCCGUACAAAACAAAAGUUGCAAAAAAGAGAUGCAACUUUCAAAAUAAGAAGGCUGAAUGGAAGAAGUCAAUCGAGAAAAACAACAACAGGACAGUUGUACUUAAUAGCUGCCAUGUAAUGUUCAUUGUCAAAGACAGAAGAAGGCCACAAGUAGCACAGAAACUACUGACCCUCCAGAAGCUACUGCCACCAGCCCUCCAGAAGCUGCUGCCACCAACCCCCCAGAAGCUGCUGCCACCAGCCCCCCAGAAGCUGCUGCCACCAACCCCCCAGAAGCCGCUCCCACCAGCCCCCCCAGAAGCUGCUGCCCCCAUUCCCCCAGAAGCUGCUGCCACCAGCCCCCCAGAAGCCGCUCCCACCUGUCCCCCAGAAGCUGCUGCCACCAACCCCCCAGAAGCCGCUCCCACCAGUCCCCCAGAAGCUGCUGCCCCCAUUCCCCCAGAAGCUGCUGCCACCAGCCCCCCAGAAGCCGCUCCCACCAGCCCCCAAGAAGCUACUGCCACCAGCCCUCCAGAAGCCACUGCCACCAGCCCCCCAGAAGCCACCAGCCCUCCAGAAGCCACUGCCACCAGCCCCCAAGAAGCCACCAGCCCUCCAGAAGCCACUGCCACCAGCCCCCAAGAAGCCACCAGCCCUCCAGAAGCCACUGCCACCAGCCCCCAAGAAGCCACCAGCCCUCCAGAAGCCACUGCCACCAGCCCCCAAGAAGCCACCAGCCCUCAAGAAGCCACUGCCACCAGCCCCCAAGAAGCCACCAGCCCUCCAGAAGCCACUGCCACCAGCCCCCCAGAAGCUACCGGUAUUGAUAUCACAGGCUCAUCAGAAGCCACAAGACCCCAGGCCCAGAAGGCCAAAAAUAGACCAAGAAAUGAAGUACACUAUCCAGUCCAACAGAUGGAAGCCAGCAAGAAAAAGAAAAAGUAUGAGUGUCCAGAAUGCUGUAGGAGAGUGAGCCAAAACAACUUUGAUUACUCCAAGGUUUUGAAAAAAAGAGUGAGAGAGGGAACAGAGGAGGUCCUCAUUCGUUGGGUUCCAUGCAAGACCUGGUUAUUGGAAUAUGCAUUUGUGUUGGGGCUUGGUUGGCAGCCAGAGAGAAUUCCCACAAAUCCUGCAAGAAGGUUUAUGAGGAGCAACUGGAGUUGGCUGUCUGCAGGCACGUUGAGCAGAGAACAUCACAAUGCUGCUGGUUCCAUCUUAGGGCAGGAAGUGGAGAAGUAGUUGACUUCUAAAGCUAUAUAGAUCCCCCUUGGGACCUGGAAACCCUGAAUGCUCACCUUCACCUGGAAAUGAGAGCAUGGGCAGAUGGUUUGGGUGACUUGACAAAGGAUAUGCAGUCAACUGUCUUCUCAAUCGGUGCUACCACUCACUCAGUAGUCAACACAAACAGGCUGUAAAUGCAUACAGCAGUAUAGCCGUUAUGGAGGACAUUGAGGACAACUCUCCGGUGCUGAAGAUGUGCACAAAAAAGACUUUCCUUUCUAUUAAACAGGCCUUUUUUUGAGGUGAUUUACUCUAGAUAGGGCUCAUUACAAACCCAACUGUUUGAAAAUAGUGCACUUUGAUUUUUUAUUUUUGAACUAAAUCUACUAAGUGUUGUCACACAUAGCUUACAGAUAAUCAAGGCCAAAGGUCCAGCACAUAUAGAAUGGCAAUUCUAAGCUUUUAUUAAGAUAAACUCAAAAAUUGAAGAAGGAAUUUGCAAACACUAAUAUUGGACUAUUAUUAUUAAUUUGGUUCAGCUUUUUUGUGACAACAAAGCUGUAGUUUCUCCAGACUGGCGUCACUACAUAGCAAGUUAAUCAUGCUAAUUUCUUAAAUAAUCCUAUUACAAAGCAUAAUUUGUUUUUCACACGCUUAAAUUGUACAGAUUUUAAGGGAAAAUAUUUUGUGUAUUAUUGUGUGUGUGUGUGUAUGUAUGUAAGCUAUGAUUGCAAUAGAAUGUGGAAAUGUCUUCAUUUGUCUUGAUGCAUACAUGCUGUUUGUCGUUUAAGCAUACUUGUUGAUGAACCCCAUCAAAUGGAAUUUAAAUCAUAGAUGUAUUUCUAUAAUGAUUUCCAUAUCGCAUCAUCCAAGUGUACAUCAAUAUAGACAUAAAUCAAAUCCACUUUCACUGACAUUCUGUAAAACUGUACAGAGAAAUGUAUUAAUUUGUCUUUAUGCAUAUGUUCACUGCUGUAAUAAACACAAUAAUAAUGG